GCGGUGGCACUUGUCAGACGACAGGUGACAGGAAGUGUUUGGCGGGCCGCCGCUCGGUGGAUUUGCACAUUCCUUUCGAGGAAACCCUGUCACUUGAGAGAAAUGAGGGAAAAGUGAGUCGGCUUCCUCUGGCCCCAGGGGCUCUCCGAGGGCGCGUCCGCGCGGCGGCAGAAGCGAGGUGCCUUUCCCAAAUUGGGCGGCGGAGCCGCGGCGAGGGGGCUCGAACCAGUUUCCUUGAGAGUUAGCUUUCUAUGAAAACUCCAUGUGCCGCCACUCAGGAUGAUCUGACUUCUCGCACAGCCCUCGGGAACCAUGAUGGCCACACAGACGCUGAGCAUAGACAGCUAUCAGGACGGGCAGCAAAUGCAAGUAGUAACAGAGUUAAAGACAGAGCAAGAUCCAAACUGCUCUGAACCUGAUGCGGAAGGAGUGAGCCCGCCCCCUGCGGAGUCUCAGACCCCGAUGGACGCAGACAAGCAGGCCAUUUAUAGGCAUCCACUAUUCCCAUUAUUAGCUUUGUUGUUUGAAAAAUGUGAACAAUCUACCCAGGGCUCUGAAGGCACAACUUCUGCCAGUUUUGAUGUGGACAUUGAAAAUUUUGUAAGGAAGCAAGAAAAAGAAGGGAAACCCUUCUUUUGUGAAGAUCCAGAAACUGACAAUUUAAUGGUAAAAGCAAUCCAGGUUUUGCGCAUUCAUCUUCUUGAGCUGGAAAAGGUUAAUGAACUCUGCAAAGAUUUCUGCAGUCGAUAUAUUGCUUGCCUGAAAACGAAAAUGAACAGUGAGACGCUGCUGAGUGGAGAGCCGGGGAGCCCGUACUCGCCCGUGCAGUCCCAGCAGAUUCAAAGUGCCAUCACGGGCACCAUCAGCCCCCAAGGCAUCGUGGUGCCAGCGUCUGCGCUGCAGCAGGGAAACGUAGCCAUGGCGACCGUGGCAGGUGGCACAGUGUACCAGCCCGUCACGGUUGUCACUCCCCAGGGCCAAGUGGUGACACAGGCGCUGUCACCUGGGACGAUCAGGAUCCAGAACUCCCAGCUUCAGUUGCAGUUAAACCAAGAUCUAAGCAUCUUGCAUCAAGAUGACGGCUCAUCGAAGAACAAGCGGGGAGUUCUGCCGAAGCACGCCACCAACGUGAUGCGGUCGUGGCUCUUCCAGCACAUAGGGCAUCCCUACCCAACAGAGGAUGAGAAAAAACAGAUCGCCGCUCAAACGAAUCUGACCCUGCUCCAAGUCAACAACUGGUUCAUCAACGCCAGAAGACGGAUCCUGCAGCCGAUGCUGGAUUCCAGUUGCUCAGAGACCCCCAAAGCAAAGAAAAAGACUGCUCAGAACAGGCCGGUGCAGAGGUUCUGGCCCGACUCCAUCGCCUCGGGCGUCGCCCAGCCACCGCCCAGCGAGCUCGCCAUGACGGAAGGAGCCGUCGUAACCAUCACCACGCCCGUGAACAUGAACGUGGACAGCCUGCAGUCUCUGUCCUCGGACGGGGCCACCCUGGCGGUGCAGCAGGUCAUGAUGGCGGGGCAGAGCGAGGACGAGUCUGUGGACAGCGCGGAGGACGACGGGGCCGCGCUGGCCCCCGCCCACAUCGGCGGGCUGGUCCUGGAGAACAGCGACUCGCUGCAGUAGGGCGGCGCGGACUCACCUGACUUUUUAUAGUUUGCACAGCAAACAUUUUACACAGUUUUAUUUCUAAUAUGUUUUAUAUGUAGAUAUAGAAGAGUGCACUUUUGUAUUUCAUAGUAAGCUUCAAGCGCGUCUUUGCCGGAGCAGCGACUUCUUUCAAGUGUGCGUGUGUGAGUGCGAGUGAGUGUGCGCGGGUUUUUAAAGAGAUUCUUUGCAGGUUUAACUCUAGAAAUGUGACGAAUGACAUACCCCUCCCCUGGUUAGAUUAAGGAAUAGUGCUGCCAUUUUCUAAGAAAUUAUGCAGUUUUAAUUUAGUUCCGUGGUUUACGGCACAUCUCGGCGGGCUGGUUACUUGCGUGGCCCGUGGAUUUGAAAGAAGCUUCUGCACCCGAAACUGCCAGUGUGAGGCGGCGACAGCCCCCGUGUAGCCUGAGUGUGAUUCAUAGCGAGUGGAUGGCAGUGUAAACAAGCUCAGUUCUCGCAUACCCAGUGAGCCUGUUUCGUUUGCUAUAUAUCAAAAGAAACUCCUAUUUUUACCUUGCUGGAAUUAUUGGAUAAAAAGCUAUUUUUAUAAAUUCAUUAUGAAUUGGAUUAUGACUAUAUUGAGGAUGAAAUUUCUAGAGAAGAAACAAUACAUGCUUGCUGUUUCAAUUUGGAAUGUUCUGAAUUGACCAAAUUUAGUGAACCUGCCCAAAGCCAGCCCCCAUUCCGUGGUCCUCUGCUCUCGCAGGGCACCAAUUCACACUUACUACUAUAAAACAAAACACUAUUCAAUGAAAUUCUGAUAUCUCCAAAUUUUUGUUUAUAUGUGACACUCAGAUUGCAUUUUACACCUGAUCUAAACAUAUAUCUGAAGGUAGUUGCUAAACACGUCUUCAGGUGAGAUGGAAUGGUAGCCGGUAAUUAGCUAGGAGCUCUCCCCAUACAUAUUCCAGUCUAAUCUGAAUUUGACUACAAUUACAUGGUUGUUUUACCAUGGUAUCUGUGUAUCAUUUUAGGAUUUUUUUAUUCGAAGUACGUCAUGCAUAGAAUGUUUAUCAUAAACUAAUACAAAAUGUGCUCUACCCCGUCGGCUCAGAGCUGGGGUAAGUAGCAAACAUUCAAACUUUGUUCCAUAGUUAGCAGACAUGCAUGAGGUUGCAGUGAUGAACUGUGACAGUGGCAUGACAGCAGACUUCCCACCUGGUUGGUUCACACACAUUUGCAAUUGGUCUCCUGGUGUCAUUAUUUUUUUAUACGUUGUUUCAGAAUUUCCACAGCCUUCCCUUUCUCACUGAUCACAUGAGAUUUGAAAUAACUUUUGCACUUCCAUUUUCUAGUACAAGACUUGGAAUGAUUUUUUAGGACUUCUGUUUUCUGGUAACAAGAUGAAUUGAGAGAGUAGGCUGGGUUUUGUUUUCUUUGGUUUCGAUUUGUUUACUUAGGAGUGGGGAUUUCUCAGGCAGAAAACAUGCACCUUGUUUCAAAUGGAAUCCCUUUAUAUCAUCUUAAACGGGAUGCUGAGGUUCCAUUUGUUAGUAAAGGACAGUUAUAGGGUUGGUUGGGAAAAUCAACAGUUCUGAGAUUCAGCAACAAUGAUUGGUUAUAAACCAGGGUUGUGUUGAGAGACAUUUUCAGCCAGUGCAAAUUCUUUUCUGUAACUGAUUUUUCCCCAAAAAUGUAUUAAUCAUAAGGGAAUACUUCCUAGGUAAUUUUGAAGUGAGCAAAAUAUACAUAGAAAUUUCUUUAAAAAUGUUUCAAGAUCUAUAACUAAAAGAAAAACUUGAUUAACUCUUUUGGGGAGAGAAUAACAUUUUUAAGCAGCCAUUGCAUUCCUUAUUUAUAAACAGUUUUUACUAUUUUAAGUCAGGUCUAUACAAGUCUAAAACAUCAUUUUAGCUUUACUUAAGUCCCAGCUUUCUUGGACUUAAAGUGAGCACGUGUGAAAGCCAGCCAGCCUUCCUCCUUCCUCCUUCCUCCCUCACGCCUGUCUCUUUGGCUGCUGCUCUGCAGUGUAGAUUAGUGGAGACAUUCACAGAACGUGGACUUGUGGAUUGGUCACUAUUUCUUCACCUGGGAGAAAUCACAUUUGCUGGAGCAGCAGACGGUAUUCACGCGUGCUGCCCAGGCCAGGUGCAGUGGCGUGCGCCUGUAGUCCCAGCGACUUGGCAGGCUAAGGCAGGAAGAUCGCUUGAGCCCAGGAGUUCGAGGCUGCAGCGAGCUGUGAUUGCACCUGGGAGCUGCCACUGCGCUCCAGCCUGGGCGACAUGGUGAGACAGCGUCUGCCUGGGGACCUGGUGGCAUUGGGAUGCUCUGGCCAGAGUGGAACUCCAUGCUGAAUGGCAUGUUGCGAUUCUCUUCAGCAGAAACCUGUUUCUAUUUCUUAUUAAAUUCAGAUGAAUAGGAUAGAGAUUUAGAGAGAGGGCGCUUGUGCACCCUUUAACCUUUCUUUCUCCAUGAAUAACUAAGAUGCUUUUAAACAGCUUGUACACACAAGCCAUUGCAGUUUCUGAAACAGCCGCCCCAUGCACGUCUGUGCCAGCGUGCACCACUCGGGCGCCUGUCUUCCCACCUUGGACGGCGAGGAGUCUGUGAGAGGAGGUCCCCUGUAAGAUUUUAAAUUAUCGGAUUCUAUCCCAACUUUGUUCUUGUUAAAUUCUUCCUUAUGAAGGACCCUUUUGAACGUGUCUUGAGACCCAAAUCGAGCAUGUUGUUGUCACUCCCCCCGUGCGGCUGUCGAGCAGAUAGCUGGGCCGGCAGUGCCGCGCCCCAGCAGGCUCCGGGCGUCGGCCCGGCUCAGUUUCCCACAUUUCAGUUCCAGAUAGUAAAAUAAGUCGAAGUGUUUAUCCAGUGUGCAGAGAGCCCUGACCACAAAGGAUUCCGGGAACCGUUCCGUGCGACCUGUUGUGCGGUCGCCUCCCAGCUGUGCAGGAGGCGAGGAGCACUGUCUCCUUCCGGACCCGCGCGGCGGCGCCCGCGGCCUCGGCCCGCCGGGAAGGCCCAGCCUGGCAGUUAGUGACAGAAACAACUCCGCAAUCUUCCUUUGUUCUAGUUAUUUUCGGUCUUUGAAACUGACAAUCUUUAAAAUGUGAAUACUGUAACAAUAUGUUUUCUUGGAUUGUUGUCUUUAAAAAGGAUUUUUGUGAAGCAAUUGAUUUAUCAAAGCAAAAAAAUUAAAAAUAGAAACAUG